UUGAUCUACUUUACGGUAAAGUGGCAACCGUUGGCAACGGUUGUCAUGACGACCGUGAUACACUUAUUAAACUUAAAGGACAAAUUAAGGAUGUCCGUGAACACUAGAAAAGUUACCCCAGAUUCAGAUAUGGAAGCAGCUUGCAAAGCAGAAACAUCCAGAAAGAAAACCCCUACACUGGAACUGUCCGGUGCAACACGGCUUCCAGAGAGCACCAGCUGCCUGGCGUGCUCGGAAGACGGCAGGUACCUCAGCCUGGGUCACUCCCAGGGCUUGUCUGUGUGGUGUGCAUCUUCUCUGAUCUGUGCUGCAGAGUGGCUGCAGGAAGGACUCGAAAUUACUUCGAUUCAAAUGACCAGAAUGGCUGAGAAAGUCUACCUGCUCUGCACAGUUGAUGAUAUGGGUGUUGCCAGAGUCUUUGCAUAUCAGUGUGAAGGCAUUCACCUCCUCAGUGUUAUUAACACCAUGGAAAACAUCAACAAAAGGAGAAUUUGCUUGACAUUUGAAGUGUCUGAAGGGGGAGAUUAUGGAGCUGCGUCAAUCAGCUGUAACCGUGCUGUUUGGCUCGAGGUCUAUCACUUCCCCUCAGAAGCAUGGCUGAAAGAGUUGGAGAUGGCACAAUCACAAACUCAGGGUCUAAACUCAUCUGUCGAUGUGGACGUGAAAUGGUCUCCAGUUAAAGUGGUGAUUAAAAUCAAGCCACCCAAAAAACCAGCAGGGACAGCAUUGGAUGGUCCCCUUGAGGCGUUGCAAAUGUCAGACUUUGUUGCACACUGUUUGGCUCUGGACGUACACACCAGCAGCAGUUGUCGAUGGCAGGAACAGUGUUUUGAGAGAGAUGCAGGAAAAACAAAGGAAACAAAUGCAAGACGUUGCACCCAGCACUUCCUUCUGCCUCGUGGUCAGUUUCCUGGUGACGGUAAAGCAAAGUAUCAGCCAGCAGGUCCUGUUGCUGUGUGUGUGUGGUGGAGUGGCAGCCAUAAUCUUCUUCAGUAUUUGCUGCAAAAGGCACCAAAGAACAAACCAGAUAUGGAACUAAUACCAGAUUUGUUGUGGCCGAAUGCAAAGGAAAUCCUCUGCUCUGCUGUUAGUCCAUGCACACGUUACAUAGCUCUUGGGCUCGAUGAUGCUUUGGUGUGUGUGUGGGACCGGCAGUCUGGGUCUCCUCUGUCUGUUGUCUCAGUGUCAGCAUCAGACAGUUCCUUCUUCAGGAUGCAAUUUGUUGAUUACUGGCCUGCGUCUGCUGAUGAUUCCCAAAACUUUACCGCAGAAAAAGUCCGUCUUUUGGUGUCGUGCAGAAGUGGAGCAAUUCUUACAGUGACCACGGGACGAGGGGCACACUCCUGCUCAGUGCAGCUCACUGAAAGGCCAAAAGACAGCGGCGACUUCCCAACUGUCACUGCAUCAGUGCCAUUCCUGCAGAGUUUGGUGCAAAGAAAUGGAAAAAUGUUCCUCCAAGAUGUCGUCAACAAAACCCUGGUGUGCUUCUUGAUUCCUCCCAAAACUCAUCUGAUAGCCACUCCCUGCAGCCCUGUUUAUGCUGUGAACACCAAACAGCAGACUCUGUUCAUACAAGGUGACCAGAGCCCCAGCUGCAGUGGAGGAAGCAAUCUUUUCAUCUUCCAUUUUGGAGAGCCUGACAUCAUAAAGCAGUAUAUCAUUUCCAGUCCAGUCCCUCCACGACAGCAAAACACACUGAGCUGUGUCUCUCUAGAGGAAACCUGCAAUCUCUACCUCCAGCAAAGAGCGCUGUCUGUGGAUGAAAGGCUCAAAGCUAUAAUGCAGACAUGGAAGCAGCAACAGGAAAGUGCGGUGACGGUACAACAGAGGCACAGCAGAUGAAGAGCGGCAAUCUGUUUUGCACGGAGGCUGCAGCUGUAAGUUUCGCAAGGCACCUGUUCACCGACACCUCCUGGAGCCGUCCAGCUCCUCUGCGAUCCGUGCGUCCAGUGCGCAUUUCCAGGCGCGCCACCUUUAUCCAUAUAGCCUACCAAUCAGAGCCCUGCAACAGACAACCCGGGGUGUGGUCUGACCUCAACUCCAUAUGACUGAAAUAUUAGUUAGAAAAGAAAGAUAAAUACAAAUGUAUGAUCUCCACAAGAAGAACAAACAGCAAUCAUGUAAGUAAAUGCCAGAAAGACAUAAGUGGUAAAAAGAGACCCUCGUGGAAAGAAUAUCACUCAUGAAAUCACAAUUUUGGAAUGUGAGACUGCUUGAAAAACAAUAUUCUCUUUGACCACGUCUGCAAACAGCAAGAAGACUCAAGUCUGUCAGCUGAAUAUGAAGAAUAUAGAGAAUCGUUGUACUUUUAAGUUACAGCUAAGCUAAUUCUCAUCAUCACAAAUGAGCAUUUGAUUAGUGCAGUACUUAGAAACCUGGUCAUGAGGCAAGACCCAAGUGACACACCUGUCCACAUGAUUGUCCACAGUUGGGUGUAGUAGUUGGUUGAAGCUUCUCAUUUGAAGUCCUACUCCUGAAUGUCUUCAAUAGAAUAGUUUCACAGUGUGUGAAAUAUGCUUAUUCUCUUUCUUGUAACAUUUCUGAAUUCCUAAAGGUGGCUGCUUUGUGGUGUCUUUACAAAGCA